UUGACUCCUAAUAAGACAUAUCGUGUGGAGUCACUCUGCACAUGCUCAAAUUUGUUUUUAUCUUGGGAGAGUCCAUGUGAUCAGCACAGGGCCAAUCAUCACUGUCCAGACAGAGGUCACAGGUUCUGCAUCCUCAUAGAGCAGAAUGAAAACUCCUCCUACAAGCUUUAAACAGUGUUCUGCUGGACACUGAUUGUAGUCACAAGACUGCUCUAACUGCUUAUGAGAAAAGGUAUUUAGCAGUUUAUAUCUACUAA